AUGAAAAAUUUUAUUUUGAAAUUCGUGAUUUUUAUAAUUUUACUUCAUUUUAUACUUGAAGUAAACACUCAAGUUCCACCUGAUGCCGGAACAACGCCUGCCGAUGGAAAAGCACCUGCUGAUGGUAAAGCGCCUGCGGAUGGAAAAGCGCCUGUUGAUGGAAAAGCACCGGCUGACGGAAAAGCGCCCGCUGAUGGGAAAGCACCUGCUGAUGGUAAAGCGCCUGCGGAUGGAAAAGCGCCUGUUGAUGGAAAAGCACCGGCUGACGGAAAAGCGCCCGCUGCACCUGCUGAUGGGAAAGCUCCAGCCGAUGGUAAAGCUCCAGCCGAUGGAAAAGCUCCAGCUGAUGGAAAAGCUCCAGCUGAUGGAAAAGCACCUGAUGAUGGAAAAGCUCCAGCUGAUGGAAAAGCGCCCGCUGAUGGUAAAGCACCUGCUGAUGGGAAAGCUCCAGCCGAUGGUAAAGCUCCAGCCGAUGGUAAAGCUCCAGCCGAUGGAAAAGCUCCAGAAGAUGGAAAAGCACCUGCUGAUGGAAAAGCUCCAGCUGAUGGAAAAGCCCCAGCUGAUGGAAAAGCCCCAGCUGAUGGAAAAGCCCCAGCUAAUGGAAAAGCUCCAGCUGACGGUAAAGCACCUGCUGAUGGAAAAGCCCCAGAAAAUGGAAAAGCUCCAGAAGAUGGUAAAGCUCCAGCUGACGGUAAAGCACCUGCUGAUGGUAAAGCACCUGUUGAUGGUAAAGCACCUGUUGAUGGAAAAGCUCCAGCUGAUGGAAAAGCGCCUAUUUAUAGAUGUCAACUAAAUUUGACUAAUGAAUUCGGAAUUAAAGUUAAUGAAUUUUAA